AUGGGUUAUCAACCUACUCUAACCAAGAUAAGCGAAUUCAAGAAGUCCAGUCUUCCAAGUUUAUGGAAUUUUCUUUUUGGGAUUUACCUUCGAUGCCUCACAGGUCGGAGUGUUGGUUUGGACAAAGCACACAUGGAGGUGUAUGCUAUGGUCGCAGGCAUUUACUAUGAUCUGCCUGUUGACUAUGCGACUCAUAUGUGGAAAGAAUUUUUGAAGAGUAUUGAAAACACGAAUGCAGUAGAUGGGGUUUCAUGUGCAAGGUAUUGGAGUCUAAUUCUUCAAUAUGCUUAUGAAAAGGAAAGUAUUUUGGUGCCUGCUGAUGAGCCUAAAGCAGAAUUCUUGAAGUAUCAUUAUCCAAAGACGAUUGAAGAUGAUGUGAGUAUUUUUCCUACAGUUGCUAGGAUUUCGGAUGGGAUGCUCAAGAAGGUUGAUCCUUCGAAUCCAGUGUUGGAGGCUUAUUUUCUCACUAUAAAUACAAAUGACGGUACUGGUGUGUUGUUGGCAAAACGUGAUGAAGAUUCUUCGAAGAAAUCUCGAAAACAAAAGACAGCUGCUGCUGUUCCUGAAGAAAAAGUUGAUCAAUCACCCAAGAAAAAGGCUGGAGUAGUGAUUAAAGUUUCAAAAAAGUCAGAGAAACAUGUUGAGCCUGAAACUGAUGAAUUUUCAAAGGAAAUUGUUCCUUUGAAAAUUGGGGUAUUCAAGCGUCUUAAAAAGAAAGCUCAUAGAUCACGAAAGUCUCCUAAAAGAUCUUCUAGUUUUUCUCCUUCUAUGGUUCGAAAUACACAUGUUACACGGAAAGGUCUUGUUCUUCGUGAUGUUCCUAUUCCUGUUUCUCCAUCCUCCAAGAAGUGA